GAUCUGUGUCCCUUUUGCAGAACUACCCAACAGAUCUCUUCUCCAUCCCCGUGACUCCAUACACAUACAAACACACACUGCAGUCUCUGAUCUUCUUAUUGGAUAAAUCUGGUUCAUCUGGGUAAACCCAAUUCAUGAUUACUUCAAUGCUUGGGUUCUGUGCAUUCAAUCUUGUUGAUACACGCAUACCUACUAAAAAUGCACAUAUAUGUAUAUGUGUAUGUAUCUCAGUACGCUUCACUUUCCUCUUUUAGCUAACUGCUUUUUACAAAGUCUAGGGUUUUUCAUAGUUUCAAUCGAUUAUGGCAGUCUCUAUUCCGAUGACUUCAAGGUUGGAUUUUUUAAGGGGUUAAAUUCUUUUUAGGGGUUUCUGGCAUGUUUUUGUUGUGAUGUAUUAUUCUAAGUUUCUUUCUUUGGCUUUUUUUCCAAAGGAACCCUACUUUUGAUUUUACUAAAAAAUAAGCACUUUUUAGGUAUUUUUUUAGGGUUUAGGGUUUUUCUACUAUAGCUCUUUAAUCAAUUCAACUUUUGUACCAAUCAUUUUCAACUAUUUCCUAUGGAUUUGGGAUUUGGGUUUUCUAAAUCUGGUUUGAUUGAUUCUUUCUGACAAAUGAAGUGAAUUCUUCUUGAACCCAGAAACCCAAACUAUCAUCUUUCCCUGAAUUUUGAAUCUUUUUGGGUUUUCAAUCUUUAAUCUUUUCUUGUUGGAUUGAAUGGGUAGAUGAAUUUGGGUGUCGAUUGAAUUCUUGAAGUCUCAAAAUGUCAUCUUGCUUGAGUUCAAGGGCUUGUGGGUUUGAUCUUGAACAUAUGGUUAAAUGGCCAUGUAGUACUUCCGGUAGAACAACUUCAAAUUCAUCAUCUCCGUCUUCAACCUUGUCGGAAUCCAGCAAUUCUCCAACGGCAAUCUCCACCCGAAAGCCAAGAACACCGCGAAAAAGACCCAAUCAGACUUACAAUGAAGCAGCUGCUCUGCUUUCCAUGGCUUGCCCCAACAUUUUCAAUACCAUCCACCUCACAAAGAGAACCAGUAAUCUACCCAAACAGCAUUGUAAUUUCUUCAACGAGCCACCGGAAUUAAUUUUGCCGGUAAUUGAGAACUCCGGGUUUCUCCUCCGGCAACGAAUCAUGGACAAACCCUGUCCGUUGAUUGAGCCGAAGGUCGUGAGUUCAUGCCAGAAUUCAGGGGAAAUCAAACCGAAUUCUGUUUUUGUGGAAUCGAGCGAUGGGUAUGAUGAUGAUUUCGAUACUGAGUCGAUGCUUGAUGAGGAAAUGGAACAGGGGAUCGAUAGCAUCAUGGGGGAUUCAAAUUCAAUACUAGAAAUCGAUGAAUCAAAUGGUAUAAUUGCAUCUCAUUUCAACACUUGUUAUGGGUACCCAAUGGGGCUAGGAUUUGGGGGGAAGCCGGAGUUGAAUUUUGGUUUUGUGAUGAGAAACGGAGCAAGGGCUUUAAGAAAGGGUGAUGAACGGAAUUUCGGUAGUUUUCCGACGGUGAAGAUGGUGAACAUAUCACCGCCACCGGAAAAAUUUCCGGUCGGAAAGAAGAACAACAAGAAGAAGAAGGUGGAGGAACUAAUGAAAUCAGGAUCGGAAUUCCGGCAGGGAAAUUUUAAUUCUGGAGAUGAGGGUUUGAGUCAGGGAGUUGGGCAUCAAUUCAUAUUGAAAUUGGAUUACGACGCCAUUCUAAAUGCUUGGUCAGAUAAAGGGUCGCCGUUGCCGGAGGAAACUCCGCAGUCGGCGUCUCCGGGAGCCGACAUCCAUGCUAGAGCGGCUCACAUUGAAUUAUUCUCAGAAAACGGUGGGUGGAUGGAAUCUGGUGCAACGCGCUCUAUGGACAACAAUCAUUUCAAGAAGAUCCGGUACCAGGUCAAGAAUGCCAGCUCUGAUAGACGGCCCAGAUGCAAGGGACGAUUUGUGACAAAGCCAAAUUCUCCCACUUCGGACGAGGAAACAUGAAGAAUCACUUUAACCCCUCCAUCUUAUGUUGUAUUUGCAUUUGAAGUCCUUUCUUUUUCUUUUCUACAUUUCAAACCCUUGUGUUUCUAUCUUUUUGCACGACAAUAAUGCAACGACAACAUGUACAUAUGUUAGAGAAGAAAAGAAGAUU